CACUGAGUCAACAGUACCCCAGCAUCAAGAUCUUGCGUCUUCUUUCCCAUUUGGCCUUGCAAUACGGUUCCAGACAAUACAUCUGAAACUCUAUCCAAAAUAACUAUACAGCAAAAGUCAUGGCUGCUGUGGCAGAGGGUGCUGUCCAGGAUCUGUGCGAGGAAGCCACUUGCUCCAUCUGCCUGGAUUAUUUCAGGGAUCCAGUGACCAUUGCCUGUGGGCACAAUUUCUGCCAUGGCUGCCUGGCCCAAUGCUGGGAGGAGUCAGUGGGAGAGGCCUCCUGUCCUCACUGCAGAAUGACCGUGCAACCAGGGAAUGUCAUUCCCAACCGGCCUCUGGCCAACUUUGUAGAAAUCACCAAGAAACUCAGGCUUCAAGCACCCGGCGGGGCAGGAGGAGAGGGGCGAGUCUGUGGGGAACACCAGGAGCCCCUCAAGCUCUUCUGUAAAGACGAUGAGACCCCCAUCUGCGUGGUGUGUGACAGGUCCAAGGAGCACCGAAAUCAUGAUGUGGUUCCUGUAGAGGAGGCUGCCCAAGAAUACAAGGAUCAGAUCUACGGUUGCCUGGAAAAUCUGAGGGAGAAGAGAGAGCAAAUUCUGGCAUCUAAAGCAGUUGCAGAAAAGGAGAGUGAAGACCUGCUUAAGGAAACAGAAGCAGAGAGGGAGAAAACAGUGUACCAGUUUAGACAAUUACACCAGUUUCUGGAAGAUCAGGAGGAGUUUCUGCUGGCCCAGAUAGAAGAAGGAGAGAAAGAAAUUAUACUAAAAAAGGAAGAGUACCUGGCCACACUUUCUAGACAAUUCUCAUUUCUUGAAAGUCUCAUCCAAGAGAUGGAGGAGAAAUGUCGCCAGCCAGACAGUGAAUUCCUACAGGAUAUUCGAAAGACCUUGAAGAAGAUUGAGAAAAGAGGAAAUCUUUGCAUUGGUUUGUUUGUUCCACUUGCCCUGAAGUGGACAUUUUAUGAUAUAAAGCCCUCUCUAGAGUAUGUCAUGAAGCAAUUCCAAGAUCUUUUUCCAGAAAACAAAACGAUGGAAGAAGAGGUGGAAUAUACAGGAGAGUUAUACACUGAAAGCACCAGCAUUGGGUAUCAGCCUAAAAUUUCAGGAGCAUGGGAAGAUGUCCUCUUAUCUGGAGCAAAGAAAGUGAAUAUAACUCUGGCUCCAGACACAGCUUUCCCCCGGCUCAUCUUGUCUGAAGACCUUAAAAGUGUGAGAUGGGAUAAGAAGUAUCAAGCUGUCCCCAAGCAUCCUGACAGAUUUAACCAAUGCCCUUUUGUCCUGGGACGUCAGGAAUUCUCAGCUGGCAGAUAUUAUUGGGAUGUUUAUGUGGAAAAUCAGGAAGAAUGGGCUGUAGGCGUUGCAAGGAAGUCUGUGUUGAGAAAGGGUCCUGUUAUGGUUAGUCCGGAGUGUGGGAUCUGGGCUGUAGGGAAGUCAUCGGGCAGGUACCAGGCCUUCAUCCCUCCUCACAAUCCUCUCCUGUGCCUGAAUUGGAAGCUUAAGAAGAUCCGAGUGUUUCUGAACUAUGGCAAAGGAGAACUGUCCUUUUAUAAUGUUGACACAAAAUACCAUCUCUACACCUUAUCUGGAGUUUCCUCCACAGGAGAGAUCCUUCUGCCUUUCUUCCGUGUGUUCAAAGGAGGCUUCCUCAGUAUUUCUCCUUAAAGCAGCCAUGUUGGCCUUUCAGACCCUGAUCUCCGAAGCAAGUUGAUUAAUUGAAGGGGGGGAAAAACACCAUUAGUCAAAAGCACCUUUUUCUUUCCUGCCAAAGGCCCCAGAGAGGCAAAUUCUGGUCACAGUCUAUAAAACUCACUCAAAAAAUACCUUGUUCUCACAGUUCUCCAGACCCUCUUUGGCUUUGGUGCUUACAGGUUUUAGCCAUCAUAAAAGUCAUAAAGCCUAUUCACAGAAGUAAAUCAAUGUAUAUUGUUUUCAAUAUCCUGGUCUUAAUUUCCCUUCCUUUUCUCCUCCCUACAAGACCAAUUCUUGAGGGUGGGGAGACUGUUAUACAAGGGGUCUGGUAUAUCAUUUUAUGCAAGGCUAAAGAACCUUGCUUGCUUUAGUCCAGAAAAGAGGGUGUCACUAAGGAUUUCUCUAGGGGAAAUUUUAAUUAGCUCAACUACUUAUUGGGCUGGCUAAAAAAGCCAGUGACAGUGUCCCUGUGCCUUCCAACUAGCCCUCUAAGAAAGGAUUUGAGAGAUCUUUUAUAAGCCAAAACUAGCCUGAGGGCAAAGGUGUUUGUCCUACAUCAAAGAGACUGAAUCUACAUUGUAAAGGAUCACUUGGUCUGGCACUGUUGGGGUGAGAAUGAAAUUAGUCUUAUCGAAGCCUGGCAGAACAGCCUGCCUAAAUCACCUAUCUUCCUGACUUUGGAGGGGUUAAAGUUUCUCAUUUGCAACUCCCAAACUCUUCUGUUUGAUGUCCUUAUAGGAUAGUGGGGACAUGAGUACUCAUCUCAGAGAUCAUGGCUGCCCAGAGUACAGAGUCCGUUUGGAGCCGUAAGGAAAACAUGCACACACCAAAAUUCAGAUUUCAGCUCUGGUAACAAGGGAUUUACUUUUGGAUGACCAGCCAACAUGAAUCUAUUUGGGGAGGGAGACCUUGCUAGUGUUAGCACAAGAUAAUAUUAUUCCCAAGAGAACAGACACUGUUGUUAAAAGUGUCUCUUCCCUUGGCAAUAAUAUUCUCAUGGGUUAGCAGUGAUAAUAGAAUCAUAGAGUUGGAAGUGUCCAACCCCCUGCACAUUGCAGGAUCUCCUGCAAAAGCACCCCCAGCAAGACUUCGGGAGCUGGGUAUGCUUAGCCUGGAGAAGAGAUGGUUGUGAUAUGGUAGUCCUGUUUAAUAAUUUGAAGGGAUGUCAUAUUGAUGAGGGAGCAAGCUUGUUUUCUGCUGCUCCAGAGACUAGGACCCGGA